AAGUGUAACAUAACCUCAAAUCGCAGUGAAAUGUGAAAUCCCGAACAAAAGAUUUAUUAAUUCUGUUUUUUUAUUGCGUUAUUUAUUGUUGCUAUCACCAGAAUGUUAUCUCAACCUUCAUAAUUUCCACUCGUCUCAUUAAUGGAAGCUACAACAGUGUUAUUCUUGUUGACAACAUAAUUGUUUACGUACACAGCCGUAAUGCGAAGUCCAAACAAAUAGAUGCUUGUUUUUAAAAACAAAGUGCUUUAGAGGACGUAACCAUGAAGUCCUUCCGGCUAAUCGUCCACCAGAAGAAUUUCAGUGCUGAAGACUUGAUUAUAAACUCGAAGGAUUAUCCGGGGGCUAGCUUGGGGGACGUGGUCGAAAUAUACCACCCCCCGCCUGAAGAUGAUAAUCCGCGCUCGAAGAAAAAAAGCGAGCCGGAGGAAGAAUAUCCGCGAUUGUUGUUACAAGUGAAAGCAUUUCCUGAUGAUUCAACGCAACAAAUUGCGCUUCAAAAAGAUACAAUCAGUGUAGAGCAAAGCAUCGCACAAACCUUUGGCUUGCAGCCCUACAAGAACGUGAUAAUCCGCAUCGUGGACCCCCCUGACGUGGCUCUCGACUCAAUCGAGCUUACCUUUAAAGACCAGUACAUGGGGAGGUCUGAGAUGUGGCGGCUCAAAAAUAGUCUCAUCAAUACUUGUGUGUACAUAAAAAAGAACAUCGAGUUUUGUGGGGGCGCCGUUCGGUGUCAAGUGUACGAAAUGUGGUCGCUAGGUGAUAGAGUGGCUUGCGGGGUCAUCACGGAAGACACUAAAGUAGUUUUUCGCUCGUCAACAUCCAUGGUCUAUUUAUUCCUGCAAAUGUCGUCAGAAAUGUGGGAUUUCGACAUCUACGGGGAUCUUUAUUUCGAAAAGGCUGUCAAUGGGUUCUUAGCGGACUUAUUCAUGAAGUGGAAAAAAAAUGGGAGUAAUCAUGAAGUAACAAUUGUGUUGUUUUCGCGCACGUUCUAUGAAGCGAGUAGUUUAGAGGUGUUUCCAUUGCACAUGCGCGAGUGUCUCCAGAAGGACUACAGAGGGCGCUAUUACGAAGAUUUUUACAGGGUGGCGGUGCAAAACGAGCGCUAUGACGACUGGAGCGGGAUUUUGGUACAGUUAAGACGGAUUUUCUCCGAAUAUUUGAAAAUCGUGUUGGAGUAUCACAAAAGGCCUGGGAUUGAUAUCCCGGCGGCUACUAAUAGUACGGCAGCACAGGGGAAUUUUUUGGAAGUUUUAAACAUGUCGCUGAACGUUUUCGAAAAACACUAUUUGGACCGGAGUUUCGACCGAACGGGACAACUUAGCGUGGUUGUGACUCCAGGGGUGGGGGUUUUCGAGGUCGAUAGAGAGUUGACGAAUAUAACGAAACAACGAAUUAUCGACAAUGGGGUCGGUAGCGAUUUGGUUUGUGUGGGGGAGCAACCACUUCACGCAGUUCCACUAUUAAAAUUUCAUAAUAAAGACACCCACUUGAACGUGCCCGACGACUACUCCAUGCCCCAUUGGAUUAAUUUGUCGUUUUAUUCAACCAAUAAAAAAAUCGCUUAUUCGAACUUUAUUCCACGCAUCAAACUCCCACCGCAUUUGCCUUCAGACGACGAAAAAAAGGAGUCGCCGAAGAACAAACUGGUGCCACAAGACGACUACAUCCAUAAUUCUUUUUUCGAUUACGACGCCUACGACGCGCAGAUUUUUCAGCUACCGCAUGCACACACAGUGCACGAAAAUAGUUCCGUAAAUCACCACCGCGUUCUUCCACGAUACAAACGCACCUCUGGGAGUUUGCUCGAUUCGCACGAGCUCAUCAAGGGGCAGAGACGGAAAAUGUCGGAUCCGGAUGUUCCCCACAGGAUUGACUCCAACGCGCGGUCUGAACCCAUCGCGAUCCCGCCGGCUGCCGUCAGCCCCAUUAUUUCGCCCCACGCAGACGAAAAAGAAUUAUCGCCUCCGGUUCGCAUGGUCGUAGGUUCUGAGGGCUCGCCGCCGCUGGAGUCCCGGGCUCUGAUCAACCCGUUUGACCCUUCGCACGUCACGAUCAAGCUGACGUCCAAUAGGAGGAGGUGGACACAUAUUUUUCCUAAAGGACCUACCGGGGUUUUGAUCCAGCAGCACCACUACCAGGCAAUUCCCGCCCAAUCCGACCUGCCCGCCACCGAAGACGGCAGCAAUCCGAAGCUAGACCGCAUGAUCUCCUCCGGUAGUAACCACUCCUUCAGCGCCACGUCAGCUUUGCACGACUAUUGCAAAAAGCGUCCAAACUCUCAAACAAAUAACCACAGCGUCCCCACCGCUCCCAAAAACCCCUCAAAGAGCCUGACUUUCCUGUGGGGCGCUACCGGCGAGCAGGAGUGGACCCCCGCCUUGACCACAGCAGUCAAUGAUGUCCUCAUAGUUGCUUUGAUAGGAGUGGACUGGAAGUCCCUGACGAUCCCGGCUUGUCUACCAAUCACGACGGACUAUUUCCCGGAGAAGAGAGCUCUGCAGAUAGACUACGUGGUGUCUUUGUAUAGUCUUCUCCCUGAUAGUGUGAACGCGGAUUUUGCGCAGCUGCGCUCCACGUCUAAACGACCCCUAACUACGGUCGAAGUUUUCAAAGAACUGAUUUCUCAGCGUUUAGCUCAAGGUUUCCAGUUGAUUCUCAUGGCGAACAACGCCGAUAAAAUCGGGAUUAAUGUCUUAAACCCGAAAAUGAGAGCAUCGGUGGUGCGCACGAGCGUAACUGAAAGCGACGAAUCCUACUAUUUGUCGAUUGGGAGACUCUUCCAUAAAAUCUCGCUCUCCGGGAACACGAUUUCCGUUACUAGAUACCGACCGAGGCACCCGUACCCCGGUUUCAACUAUCAAUACAGAUACAGGUUCCACGCCCCCCACCACGACACCUACGAAGAGUCCUACGCUUCGUUCACCACCGAAAAACUCGAACACUUCAACUGGAAUUACCUGGAUCACUACGUCUGCACCGGCGGUGAUACAGAGUUUGUUUUAGUUGAUGCGUUGAAGUACUGGCGGUUUCGGGUCUAUUUGCUUCCGUUGAACAACACGGCUAAUAAAAAAAUCAUCGACGGGGCGGAGCACUGCGAUAUUUAUACCGCGGCGACCCCGACUGACCACCAGCAGAUGGUCGAUGGGUUGUUGAAGUUCAUCGAAACCGCCGUUAAUAAAAUAAAGAGGACGCUGCCGUCGAAAAAAACAAGGAAGUCACUGAGUGUUAUAAACAACGCGCCUUUGGUUCAACCCAGACGUAACAGUAUGAGCAAUUUUUCACAGAACGUCAACUGCAGCUCCCCGUUCCGAGAGCGCCUUGGAAGCAACCGCCUCUCCGACCGCCCUCGGCCUAGGUCCGGCUCCAAGGUCAUGGAAAGGAACAGGACGUCGCAGAGCUCCGAGUCGCAGUCGAGUUCGGAAUCGCAGUCCCACGAUUCCUACCCAGACGAAAACACGAUCCAAUCGGGGCCGUGCUUGAAAAACGCAGCCACGAAUCCUGAGAUCGUGGAAGCGAUGAAGAACCCGUUGAGCGGUCUCAUGUUUAUCUGCGCACAGCAGAAUCUUCCAUGUUCGACGUUUAUAGCUGCGGAUGCGAUUAAUUGGUUGAUGUUGAGGAUGGAAGGGGUAACGACUGUGGAGAAAGCAGUCCAGAUUAUGCAAAGUUUGCACUCGGAAAAUUUAAUCCGACACGCUUCAGGUGACCCCAAUAAACCGUUUCUGUUUGGAUUUUUUUUGUUCUACAUUAUUGAUAAAGAUGAUAAAGACAGUUUUCAGCCUUGUGGCGAUUUUCAAAUUUUUGAAAACGAGUGGCUUGAGGUUGAGGUGAAGUCGGCCCUCAAUUGGGGGUUGUCGGUCGUUUCAACGGGGUUAGAUGUACCUAAUACUUACUGUGAUAGGAAGUACGGAGUUCCGCACUUUUUGUGUGAAGAUAUUAACGUGGAGUAUGCAGAGAUAGACAGUGUUAUUUAUAAACGGAUGCGUCUGGAGACUGAUGUAGCUAGUAAAAGCGACAGGGUGGAAUGGGGGCACGUGCGCUACCAAACCACUUUCAUGCCAGACCAAGCCUAUGAACUAAUCGUGGAAUGGCUAACAUCCUCUGGCUCUAUUGUAGCAGAACUUCUGUCAAGUUGGCACCGUAAAGCACAAACGUGCGGCCUACAAAUGAUCCCCAUCCCGCACGACCCUCUAGCCCUCCCCUACUCCAACAAAAGCGACCCCUUAAGAGGCCCCAUUUUCGUCCCGCUUAACAUCAAGUGUCUCGAGGAAAGAGACAGAAUUUUUAAAGAAUUCAAAGACAACACCUAUUUGGAACGACUGUUCCUGCUACAAGAAGCCAUAGUUCAGCGCUUUGGUUUCAUCAAUUGCAUGCUGGAGCCCCCUAAUAACCCCGACGCGACGUCCCGCGAACACCAGUAUGUUCAUUGCACAGGGACUGUCUUUGUGUUGAUUUCUCGCCCGGCUGUCAAACCCAGAAGUCGCGUCCCGUCAGUCGGGAGCAAAAAUCGCUCCACGGGGAGGUUUUCCGUGCACGCGGACGUCGUCCCCAGCCCCCACGAAGCGUACAUAACGCGACACGUAAGCGGCAAAAACAAGGACGACUAUGACAAUUCUAGAAAAAUGGGUUUCUUGUGGUCGUGGAACCACAUGGUUAGUAGACGCUGGCGUACCAACCAAGGGGUCGAUAACAACUUCCAGACGAAGCUUUUGAAAGAUUUUAGAGAGUUCUGUGGGAAUGUUAAUGAUAGGUUGAGAGUGUUCUGGGAGGAGAGUUGGGUUACCAAAGAGAAUGCUUCCACGAGCACGGAUAACUACUUGAGGAAGUAAUUUUAUUAUUUUUAUUGUCGAGCGUUGUAUAUUUUGUACAAUUAAAAAUAAAAAUGUUUUUAUUUGUUCAAA